CAUCGGAAGUGUAACGUUCCCUGUCUUUCCCCGCACUGUGGACUGAAAACAAGAACGCAUGUCAUUCCAUUUUUUUUGUGACUGAAUAUUUCAGGUUCUUUUUGUACACGAACGUAUACCUGCUGCUCGGAGACAGAUUCUACGUCAAAAAGACAAACAGCCACUCCUGUCUUUCUUUCUUUCAAGCUGGCGAAGGAACGUGAAGGCUGUCGGUUAUAAUGUCACAGGCCACUAAACGCAAACACGUUGUCAAGGAGGUUCUUGGAGACUUUGUCACACCCACAGAAAACCAGCAGAUCGUAAAGGUAACUGGGAGCCGUGGUAACAACCUACAUGAUGCUGUAACAGCUCAGGGUGAGACCUUCUUGGUGAGCAUGCCCACCAAGUUCCGCAAGAACAUCUGGAUCAAGAGAGGUGACUAUGUGAUUGUGGAUCCUAUUGAAGAAGGAGAGAAGGUGAAGGCAGAGAUCAGCUUUAUUCUCUACAAGGAUCACAUUCAAUACCUACAAAAACAGAACCUCUGGCCAGAGGGCUUUAUGGACGAGCAUUCGACGCAGGAUAAGACAAAGAAAAAGCUGGAAAAGGACGAGGACGAGGAUGCUAGUGAUUCUGAAGAUGACGAUAGCGACCUCUUUGUAAACACUAACCGCUGUAACUAUCAGUACAGUGAAAGUGAGGAGGAGGAGGACGAUAGCGAAGAGGAUGAGGACAGGGAUCAGGACAAAGAGAAAAGGAGGGAAAAUGCCUCAUAGCAGCAGCACUGAGGACACGGACAAUCAGGAGUUGUGAAACAGAUGCGACAGCAUGCUCUCCUGUAUUGCUGUCAUCACUGACUGACGCUAUGAUGAUCUGAAGCAAUGGUCCACCUGCAACAGCGCCCUCUGCAGUUCAUGUACUGAAUGGCUGGGCUCAUUCAAUGUAUUUAGUAAUUCCUGCUUGUUUUACAAAUCUGUGAGAUUAAAAUGUAUCUGAAAUUUAA